AUGGCGACGCGGCGGGCGGCUUGGCGGGACCGGGACCCCGACCCCGACCCGGACUGGGCCGGGAUGGCGGCGCUCCCGGAGAAGACCAUGAACGGCUGGGUCCUGCAGUUCUACUUCCACCGGGCCAUAGAGGCCUACCGCUCCGGGCGCAACCGGGAUUUUCGCCAGUUCCGCGACAUCAUGCAGGCGCUGCUCGUGCGGCCCCUGAACAGGGAGCCGGAGAUGGCCCAAAUGCUCCGGAUAAUGCAGCUGCUGUCGCGGGUCGAGGAGGGCGAGAACCUCGAUUGCACCUUCGACAAGGAGUCAGAGCUGACCCCACUUGAGUCGGCCAUGCUUGUCUUGGAUUUCAUCCGUGAGGAAUUCUCUGUGGCGGACAAGACAAUGGAGGCUGUGCAGAAAAUGGUGAAGGAAGCUGCUGUUGUCGUUUGUAUCAGAAACAAGGAGUUUGAAAAAGCUUCUAAUAUUGUCAAGAAGCACAUGGGGAAGGAGCCCAGAAAUCAAAAAAAGAGAAAUGAGUGGCUGGCUGUCAUCCGAGAGAAGAAUCCCUCUCAUCCAAAGGUGAAAAACUUCUCCUAUGAGAAUUUCCAGCAGAGCAUCUUUGAGUUCCUGAAGGGCUACAUGGAUGACUCGGAGCCAGCACUACUCACAUUAUUGAAAAAGACCUUGAAUGCAGAACGUGUUGACAAAGCAAAAUCUUCGCUGGAGACUUCCGAGUUUGCAGAUGGGCUGAAGGACCAGGCAGCAGCUCCAGAGGCCUUGGGAAGGGCAGAGGGCUCAGCCAGAGCUCCAGAGGCUUUGGAAAGGGCAGAGGGCUCAGCCAGAGCUCCAGAAGCUCUGGGAAGGGCAGAGGGCUCAGCCAGAGCUCCAGAGGCCUUGGGAAGGGCAGAAAGCCCAGCCAGAGCUCCAGAGCCUGCAGGAGCAACAGAAGACCUGGAGGGAGCUGCCAGCCCUGCACAAAGGGCAGCUGGUCCCACAGCAGCUCCAGAGAUUAUGGAAGAAGACAGUGGCCCUGCAGCAACUACGGAAUCUAUGGAAGUCACUGACCCAGCAGCAACACCUGAACACUUACCAGCAGCAUAUGAAAUUCUGAAAGGCACUUCAGAGUCUAUGGAAAAAGCUAAAGAACCAGCAGCAGCAACCCCAGAACUCCCCAGAGUGUCCACCAGGGAACCAGAAAGGCAGCCCCCCGGAGCUGUAACCUCGUAUGGGAUUUCUGUUCUGAGAGAAGCUUUCAAGAUCCUGUCGGACUCCAGGGACCCGGACGCACUUUUCACCAAACUGGACGAAACAGACUUGCCUUCCCCCAAGCAACUGUCUCCUUCUGUAUCCCACAGAACCAAGAGACGCAGAGAAGAGGAGAAUCAAACUUCUGAGACCUCAGAGCCUCCUGAAAUACCCCGUAACGUCAAAAACUUGUUCAGCAUAAGCAAUCUGAUCGUGGACUUGGAUGGCUCCUCCAGCAAGUCGAGCGAGUGCCCUGACUCCUCCCAGGAGCACGUGGUCUCUUCUGCUUCCAAACCUGCUCCGAAAUUGCCUGAUGAGCCCUUGUCUGCUCAGAGUGAGAAGUCCAUCCAAGGAAGGUGGAACAGCUCGUGUGGCACAGAGGAGAAGGACAGUUGGAGUGAUGAGGAUGAGCUUUUUGCAAAUGCAGCAGCACUGGAGAAAAGCAAUGUUACCAAAAACUCCAGCUCCAAGAAACAGAAAUGGACCAUGCAGGAGAGCGAGUGGAUCAAGGAAGGGGUGCAGAAGUAUGGAGAAGGGAGGUGGAAAGCCAUUUGCCUCAAGUACCCCUUCCAGAACCGCACCUCGGUGAUGAUCAAGGAUCGCUGGCGGACCAUGAAGAAACUGGGAAUGCUCUGAAGCUGGGAGCCACAGGACUUUCUUUACUUUAGUUUUUGGACCUUAGUUUGUUUUUGGAAGCUGGACCAGAGUGUUGUCUAUGCCAGUGUGGGAAGCCCUGUGACACCAAAAGCAUGACUAACAGGAAUCCAAAAGCCUUGUGCUCCAGGUCUAUGUGCAAAGAUCAGUGUGCUGCAGGUGGCAGGGGCUGUGCAGCCUCUCAAAGUGAACUUAGAACCACCUGGGUUGAGCCUUCCCUGUCCACCUGACCACUGCAGCCUCUGGAAUGAAUCCCAGCUGUUUGCUCUGCUCAGGUGUGAUCAGUAAGAUAAUCUCAUAGGUGACUAUUUUUUUGUAUUUUAGUUGUCUGUUCUCUGAAUCACGUGCAUCAUCUGUUUGCCAUCAUUCCCUUGUGGAAGAGAGGCAGCACUGAGUCCCAGAGCUUCUGUGGGGAGGAGAUCCAAGCAAUAGGAUCUACUUGGAUUUUUUUUUUUCCCUCCCAUUCAUUUCUGCUUUGUAAAUAACUAGUCUGUGAUGAGAAAUUCCUCCCAGCUCUGAGGCUUUAAAAACUAAAAUAUCUUUGUGUUUCAGUACUUGAAACUGUUUGUUUCCAUGCUAAAAAUUUUAGUUCUGUCUGAUUUUGGUCAUGUUUUCUUUGCACUUUUCCUGGUAAUAUCCUUAGUGUGUGUGAGCUCCAAGGGUUCCACGUGUUCCUGCCUUCAAGUGCCAAAGCUGGAACACUCAUUUGUAAAAUAAAGUUCCUUUCUUGUUUACUAUCAA